GAAACUUAAGCCUGAACGCGUCUAAUAUUCACUAAGACUAAGGCGGCCAGGCUGUUGUGUUACAGUACAUACCAUCCGUAGGUAUCUGCCAUACCUACCUAGCGAGGUAGUAUCGCGACAACCAUCAAUCCCAGAAAUUACAACACGGACUCUCAAUAGAGCCUCAAUAAUCAAAAUGGAUAUCGAUGAAGACGAUGAUUUUUAUGCGCCCGAAGAGAGUGCGCCGCUUUCUUUAAACCAAGUCGCGCCCACAGAAGCUGCGCAGCCUGAAGUCAAAGCCGAACAGCAGGAUGAAGGUUUAGAGGAGGGCGAGGAGGAAGAUGAGGACGAGGACAGCGACUCGGACAUAGAUAUUAUCACAGAAAAGAAAGAUGGUGCUCCGCCAUCCACAAAGCCUCAAGGCGCAAAAUACGAUAAAUUGCCCGGCAGUGAUCUUCCAAGCCAUACGAAAUCUACGACCGAAGCAGACGAGAAAGCUCCCGCCGUGAAAACCGAGAAAGUAAAGAAAGAUUCUGAGACACCAGCGAUAUCCGGUGCAGAAUUACCUGGACUAGCGACAUCAAAAAUUGACGUAAAUGCAAAGCCUAUGUAUGAGCCAGCCGGGAAACCAAUCACACAAAUCAAUAUUGAUGAAGAUCUCAAUGAAAACGACAAACCUUGGAGAAGACCCGGUACCGACAUAUCUGAUUACUUCAAUUACGGUUUCGAUGAAUUUACCUGGGCCCUCUACGCCAACAAACAAGAAUCAUUGCGCUCCGAAUUCGACCCCAAUAAAAUCGCACAGAACAAUAAGAAAAUGUUCGAGGAUAUGAAUAUGAUGAUGGCCAUGGGUGGAAUGCCGGGAAUGCAAGCCGCAGGCGGUAUGCCUGGCAUGGAAGGAAUGACGCCAGAAAUGAUGCAGCAAAUGCAACAGAUGAUGGCAGCGGGUGGAAUGGAUCCUAGCCAGAUGGACCCCUCUAUGUUCGGAGGCUCGAAUCCAGCGGGGGGUGCGGGGGGUUUUGGAGGAGGUCAAUUUGGAGGUGGAGGGUUUGAUCAAGGCAUGAUGGGUUCUGGAGGUGAAAAUAGUAACAGGGGAGGAGGUUUUGGAAGAGGUAGAGGUAGAAGAGGAAGAGGAAAUUGGUAAACACGAAGAUAUACCUCUAAAGGUCAUAUCUCAAGUUUGAUGAGGCAUCUUAGUCGAGCCGAAGUAUACCCAGAAAUUGUAAAGAGUCAACUUUGAAAAGGGGCUUGAAAGUCAAGCUUCCCUCGAAGCGAACACGUGAUGGUUAAGAGUGAACAGGUUUGUUUUUUGUAGGUCUUCUACCAGUACUUUUCAUGGCUUAUGGGGAUGGUGCUUUCAGUGUCAUGGUAUCAUGGUAGUAGAGAUGCAAGACUGCAUCUCUAAAAGCUUUAUUUGCCAUAGUAGCAAGUAAUGGAAUGAAGUUUUUUCCUUGAGUUAUUGUAAUAGUGAUGUACA